UACGAUCGUUCGAUUUAUUUGCAUCGAUACGAAAAUAUAAACGUGGGAUGGGAUGGGAAUGGCCACAUUUAGCGCCAAAGCCGCGAUAUAGAGAAAAAAAAUGACUGCUGAUUCCGAUAAAGAUUCUACACACUGCUUAGUGUGCGACAGUAAAGUUGGAGUAUCCACUAGAAAUAGUGUACGCAUCUUUAAUGAUUCUGCUGUUACAAGUGCUUCUGAAAAGCCUCUUGCGGAGAUUAUAGCAGAUGUCUUAGAAAUAGAAGUUAAUGAGAAGUCUGUACAUUCCCUUGUCAUUUGUAAAAAAUGCUUCAAGUUAUUUAAUGAGAUUGAUGAACUUGAAAGUAGAUUAAUGGAAGUCAAAAUAGAAUUAUUUAAUAAUUAUAAAAAAGCAGCAAAGAAAUCAUCUAAUACAUUUCACAAUGACGAAGAAUAUAACGACCAUGAUUAUACAGACAAUACAGAAAGUCAAAGCACUGUAGCAGAGGAUGUGCAAGACGAUAAGGAAUAUAUGCCAGAGGAGGAUACGCAAGAGCAAGAAGAAGAGGAGGAGGAGGAAGAGGAAGAAGAAAAAGACGACUCACAUGUAGAACCGGAAAACAUUGUACUUAAAGUUGAAGAAAUGAAAACAUCGAAUACUUCUAAUGGCAAAGCCAAAUCGAAGAAGAGCAAAGUUAAUAUGAAAAUAGAACCUGUUCAAGAACAAAUAUUUCUUAGAGAGGAAUCUUCGUAUACUUGUUUACUAUGUACAGACGAAGACAAAUUUGCAGGCGAUGCUAAAGCUAUUAUGGCACAUAUGAAAGAAGUGCACGAGACUCGCUUGUACAUUUGUGACAUAUGCGGACAGGAUUUCAGAAAAAGAACCGAGCUUUCUAUGCAUCUCGACGAUCAUGUUGCAAAAGAGGAAGGGGAUUUCCAGUGUGAGAUAUGUAAUAGAAUAUUUAGCAACUUACGAUUGUUCCGCAUUCAUAAAAGGAUACAUUAUCCACAAGUGAAGUCAUGGUCCUGUAGCACAUGUGGAAAGAAAUACAGUUCCAAAAACUUGUUAGAUGAACAUAUGAAUACACACACGGGCGUUCGUCCAUACGUGUGCGAAGUCUGCAACAAAGAUUUCGCAUCCAAGUAUACUUAUAAGGCGCACGUAAAGACGCACGAACUAAGACCUCGACCGUUCGAGUGCGGCUACUGCAAUAAAACGUUCUUGAGCCAGCAAAAUCUGAAUCAACAUGAACGAACGCAUAACUGCAUAAAGGAAUAUGUAUGCCAUCAAUGCGGUAAAGCUUUUGGUUCUCCACAUAAUCUGGAGGUGCACAACAUAGUACAUACUGGUUAUAAACCCUUCAUAUGCCGAUUGUGUGGUAAAGCAUUCGCUCGUAAAGCGGAAAUACGUGAUCACGAGCGAACUCACACAGGUGAGAAACCGUAUCAGUGCGAGUUUUGUGGAGCAACAUUUAGUCAAAGGUCAAACCUACAAUCUCACAAGCGAGCAACACACUAUAACGACAAGCGUUACAAGUGCGACGAUUGUGGAAAAGGUUUUAAAAGGAGGAGACUGCUGGAUUAUCAUAUAAAAGCGGCGCACACCGGCGAAAGACCGUUUAAAUGCGACAUAUGUACAGCCACCUUUGUCUAUCCUGAGCACUUUAAGAAGCAUAGGCGUAUACAUACCGGAGAAAAGCCGUAUCUUUGUGAGGUUUGCGGUAAAGCAUUUAAUAGUAGAGAUAACAGAAAUGCGCAUAGAUUUAUACAUAGCGAUAAAAAGCCGUAUGAGUGUUUGGUGUGCGGCAUGGGCUUUAUGAGAAAACCAUUACUCUACGCACAUAUGCAAACUCAGGGUCACUUAAAUGAUACCAUAGUAGUGAAUCAGCCGCGAUUGACAACGGAAGACGAUCAAGUAAUAACAAUUCCUGAAAAUGAGGAUGAAUUAUUGAUGGAAGAAACAACAAUGGAAGACAGCGAACAGCUGGACGAAACUGGGUUGUACGUAACCGAAUUGAAGGAGCACGUGAUUAUACAGCAAGAAGAUGACCAGAUAUACAACGAAGAGGAUGUUGUAUUAAGCAUACCCGCGGAAGAAAAUGUAAGCAACGGAGUAGAUCAUCUUGUCGAUGGAGAAAUGGAUUUCCAAGAGAAUGAAGCAGAAUGCAAAACUGAUACAGCGGAUCAAGUGGAAACGGUGUAUACUUAUAACGAAAAUGAGGAAGGCGAGACGAUUGUUGUACCGACUACAGUGGAAGACAAGAACGUGCGACUGGUGCAAAUCAGAUUUCCUUCGACUGAAGGAGAAGGUAGAAGCUGGUUGAGCUUAGUACAAAAUACUUGAAUUUUAUAAUACUCUUAAUAAAUUGCAUAAAUUGUGCAGGAACAAUGCACACCUACUACUA